ACCCAAAGAACCACAUGGCCCAGCCUCGGCUACGAAAAAGGCUUCCUUGACCAGCUGGAGGUAUCCCUUGACGACAUUGUGACAAAGGGCAUCAAGGUCAUCACCAAUGCCGGUGCUCUCAAUACCCAAUCCCUCACCCGACAAGUCCGCAAACUAUGCCAGUCCAGGGGGUACAAGGACGUCCAGGUUGCCGCUGUUUUGGGCGACGACGUCUCGGAUUUGAUCGGCCAGCUGGGUCAAGGCCCCGACUUGACACAUCUCGACCACCAAGACAAGAGACUCCAGGACUGGGAACUGAAGCCAUUCUGUGGCGCCGCCUAUAUUGGAUGCCGCGGUGUCGUCGAGGCUCUAAACUCAGGCGCCCAAAUUGUCAUUUGUGGCAGAUGUACUGAUGCAUCACCCGUCAUGGGUGCUGCCGCAUGGUACUUUCAAUGGGAAGAGGACCAGUACGAUGCCAUGGCGGGAGCCUUGCUUGCCGGCCAUCUGAUUGGAUGCGGACCCUAUGUAUGCGGAGCCAACUUUACUGGCUUCAAAGACAUGCUGGGCGAUUUGGUAGACCUCAGCUUUCCCAUCGCCGAAAUCGACCGCAACGGACAGUGCGUUGUUACUACGACAGAUGCCGGCGGCGGUCGCGUCACCGAAGAUACAGUUCGAGCGCAGAUCCUAUAUGAGCUGCAGGGUCACAUUUACUUGAAUCUCGACGUGGCGGCUGACCUGGCCAAGGUCAAGGUAGAGCUCGAAGCUCCAAAUCGAGUUCGCGUCUCCGGCAUCACGGGGCUUCCUCCUCCCUCGACAACCAAGGUCAUGUUCGCUGCUCCCGGAGGCUAUCAAGCCGAGGCCAUCUUCUACCUCAACGGGCUCGAUAUCGAGGCCAAAGAGAAGAUGAUGCGGCAGCAGCUCCAUCACAUCUUCAAGGACCACAAUUUCAGCAAACUCAGCGUUGAGCUGUACGGGACGAAGCCUGAUAAUCCCACUAGCCAGCAAGCAGGCACUAUCUUCCUGCGAAUAUAUGCGCAGGCUCGACGCUUCGAGGAUAUUAGUGCACCGAAAUUCAAAGUUCCCAUCUAUGCUCUACGAAUGCAGAGCUACCCGGGCUAUCACACGAACCUCGACUUCCGCGAGUCAGCGUUAAGGUUUCUCAUACAGGUGCGGGAUAUGAGCCGGGAGGGUGUGGAAGAGAAAUUUUCAAAAAAGGCUUACUUGAAGGCUUUGCGAAAGCUUAAAUACCUUAACGGCUAG